AUGCGCACAGCGAAAAUGGAGAAUACGAAAAUGUUAGUUUAUGCAUUGCACGGAUUCGUUUGCUCCGUUUUCUUCCUCACUUCUUGCGGGGCAAGCGACGAGGUGAACUCUAGCUAUAUUGAUUCUGGACCUUCAACAGAAAAUGCUACCGUGGACAACAACCUGCUGCUGUACCAGCGCCUGUAUCGCACUAAGCGCAAGGAGCAACAGGAGAUGGCAAACUCACUGAUGGCAGUGGAUGACUUUGCCAAGCAGUAUACUGUCCUUUCGCGAUUGACAGUCCGAAUGAUCGACGUUUUCAAAGCAUCAAAUGCAACUGUCAAUGCAUCUGGCUUCAUUCCCGGUGUUACCCCGUUUCCAAACAACACUCAAGAAGACCUCAGAGAAGCGGUUGCUAAUAUCGUGGAAAAUGUGGUCCUCUUUGGAGAUCUAGCGCUUCGGUGUCCAGAUGCUAUGGAUGAGGUGUUUCGCGUGCACAAAGCCAAGAAGUGGCGUCCGCUCAUCGAGUGGGCACACAGCUUUACCAAUGAGUCUGCCAUAGUCACAGGUUCCGAUACAGAAGUCAUCAGACUGAUGGCACAGGAACUCAAGUUGUCACCGCCUGAUGGAAAAUAUCAAAACCCUUACCGCAAACCAAAGAUGAGCACUGCUGAAUGGGAAAAAUUGCGAAAGGAGAAGGCCCAAAAGGAGAAAGAAGCCAAGCGUGCUGAGAAGAAGAAGAAACGCCGUGGACCACGCAUAUCUGGUGAGCUGUAGUGCCUGCCAUGCAAGCGCAGCAGCAGCACAGUCAUUGUCACAAGCCCGUGUCACCGCGUGGACGGCUCAGUGCGACUAUUCUGCACGCACUCUUCCUCAUGCAUAGUGGCAGGCUAUGUCAGUAGCUGUGCCGACGGCCAAGGCCCCACUUCCAAUGCUGUUCAGUGCAGAUCAUUUUAGCAUGGCUGUCUGUUCCUCCGCUAUUUGCUGGUAUUGAAUUUUAACCGUCAUAUCUUUCCUAUAUCUGCUGAGCUAGUACUAGUAUCUUCUAGUACGUUGAUUCUGUAGUGUGGCUACGGCCAUACAGCACGUGUAAAAUAAUAUACGGCUUUUGUUGAUACAUGUGAGAUGUUGAGCGCAAUCCACCACACACGCACACACGCACCUUGUCAUGUACAGUGUAUGCAAACAUGCACGCGACUUCCACAGUGAAUCGGCAGUUCAUGGGGUCGGAUACUUCACCAACAGUGAGGCGUCCAAUGCCCGCCGCCAAGAGUACAUAAACCGUUUAUGUACUCGUGCCCCCGCUGGCCUCACCUCACUUGAAGCAAGAAGGAGCCACUGGUGUGUGCGAUCCCCGGUAGCCUAAUCCGUAAGGCACUGUCCCAGAAACGCAGGGGUGCAGUGUUCAAACCCCGCUCGUGGACCUUUCAAGCAACAUAGACUGGAAUCAACACGACGAUACUGUGCCUCCGACAGCAUGCAUCCAGGCCAAUACACACGUACACGCAUAUGGACAGAGUACAAUCAAGGCAUAGUUAUUGUGAGCAUGGAGGAUUGACAACUGUAUAAUCCCAUUGCCUGGAAAACUAUGCGAAAAGAGGAUAUACGUCAAAGCCAUACAAGCGGUGUUAGCUGUUAGUGGACCAACAUAACAAACGACAGAACACACUGACAGCAGACUGACAAGAAGAAUGAAGGGGGGGGGGGGGGGAA